AUGCUUCCGCCCGCACCGAAUUUGCGUAUAAGCGGCGACACCUCCCGAGUAUCGAGCAUGUCUAGUGAGUUUAAAGGCAAGUGCCACGAAAUGUGGUGCGAAAUUCAACCGCAAGUCGAGGGCCAGCCCAAGAUAUUUGAGCGUGGUACCAACUCGGAUCAACAUCAUCGUUGGCGGAGUAGCGUCUUGAGAUGGAGCUCUUCUGUGGCCGUAGAAGCAGAUAGCUUCUACUAG